UAAGAAGCCAGCUUGAAUAUUUGAAUAUACGAAACCAGCUUGAAUAUACGAAAGAGUGGGUUGAAAGAAUUUGUUCUAUUUUCAAAAUAAUAAUUCAUAGUACUUGUAGAAUUUUAUAGUAUAAUUGUAAUUCAAAAAUGCAUUUUUUAAAAAGACUGUCGAGAAUAAUCGACUUGCAUUAUAAACACCAUUCAAGGAGAUGUUUAACCUCCAACUCUAAUACGGGUGUAAAAAUUGAAGCAGAACAAGACAUUUCAGAAAAAAAUAUUUUAGUGGAGCAUUUUGAGGCAAUUACUUUAAUUGGUAUAAAUCGACCUGAAAGCAAGAACGCUUUAAAUGUUGCAACUGCACAAAAAUUGUCAGAUAAAUUAGAUGAAUUUGAAAAUGAUGAAAAUUCUGUAGUUGGAAUCCUUUAUGGUACAGGAGGAAAUUUCUGUAGUGGUUAUGAUCUUAAAGAAAUUGCACAAUAUAAUGGAAAAAAUGAAGAAGUUCUACCUCAGUUUGGAUCAUUGGCUAAUAAAAUUGAGUUAUGUAAAAAACCCUUAAUUGCUGCUAUAAAUGGAUAUGCUUUAGGGAUAGGUUUUGAACUAGCCUUAAUGUGUGAUCUCAGGGUAAUGGAGAAAGGUGCAGUAUUAGGAUUUGCAAAUAGAAGGUUUGGAAUACCUAUAUUAUGUGGUGGUACUGUUCGAUUACCUGCUUUAAUUGGUUAUUCAAGAGCAAUAGAGCUGAUAUUAACUGGUCGUUAUAUUGAUGCGAAAGAAGCACAUUCAUGUGGUUUAAUUAAUCGUCUUACAGAAACUGGCAGUGUAUUAGGUAUAGCAGUGAAUUUUGCAAACUCACUUGUGAAAUUUCCUCGAAAAACAUUACUUGCAGAUCGUGCUUCUGCAUAUUUUGCUACAUUUUCUGCUAAACAGUUAGAAGAAGCUGUACAAUUUGAGAAAGACAAUGCAUCUCAUUUAGUAUUUGAAGAAGGAGUUGCAGGUGCAAAAAGGUUUGUUACAGAAGGAUUAGGAAAGCAUGGAAAAUUUUACAAUAUUACAGAAAGGAAAACUAAAUUCAAAGAACUUGAUAAAGAAUUUUUAUAAAAAUUUUUAAAAAAAUAUAUAUAAGUUUUGUAAUGUGAUUAAAUUUCUUUGUUAUAAAUACAGUUAUACUAUUCUAUGUGUAUUAAUGCCUUUUUUUAAAGAAGAUUUAGCAGAUGAAUUUUUCUUAAGAAAGGCAUGAGAUCUUAGUAAUGUAUCAGUGCACCUCUUUGCUGCUUUUCCAGUAAGGAGUGGUAUUAUGUUAAUCAUUUGGCCAUGUAUAUCUCCUACACAAAUUAUAUUCAUUGAAAAUAUAAUAUUUCAUAUGAGAUUUAAAACUUACGUUCAAAUGUAACUAUUAUAUAUGUCAAAUCCACUUGAAAAACAUCAAAACCAGAUGUGUGUGGUUGAAAAAAGGAAACUUUCUUUAAUUGACAAUUGAUUUCAUCAGAUAAAUCAAAUUCAGCUAAAAAUAUGUACUUUAAUUUACAUUUAUUAAAGUUAAUAAAAAAAUUAUUUGGAUAUAA